GAAUAAGCACCAGAGGCAGUUCAUCAGAAAGAUUGGGUCUCGCAGGUUGUACACCUUCAUUAUGUUCCAGUACGCCACUUAUUUUCUGUACGUCCUUGUUUCUUGGGAUGUGUGGAGAGCCUUUGCUCAAGAUCAGAACAAUGCGCCCCAUCAUAGUGCAGUGUACAAUCCGCAAUCCGGACUUGAUCAGAUUGGUAUACACCAGCAACAAUGGUUCUCCUACAACUCCUUGAGACAAGCUCUAACUGAUGAAAAAAUAAACAAGCUAGAAAUGCGAUUGCUGGCGCUACUGAAACAGUUGGAAUCUCAACUUCAGACAUUACGAAACCUACAGGAACUCGAGAAGGAAAGAAUAAAAGCCUCCAAGAGGAUCAUCAAGCCGUUCUUUGAAAAGAUUGGCUCCAGGUACUUUUACAUUGAGAAGCAAAACAAAGUGAAUUGGUAUUUGGCAUUUGAUAAGUGUCGUCGAAUGGGCGGGCACCUGUUAAAUGUCAAAAAUGAGACGAAUUUCGACGAAAUAUUCUCAAAAGUGCCCCCCGGUAAUUACUGGAUAGAUUCUGCCAGCUUGGAUAAGAAAGAUGGCUACUUCAUGUCUACACUAACCGGAAGAAGUGCCCGUUACCUAAAGUGGAAGGGUACAAGGAAUACAAGUUUCGUCAACUGCGCUAUGAUAAAAUCGAAAGAAAUGUAUUCGGUCAAUUGUCAGAAUGCCAAUUUUUUCAUAUGUCAAGCCGAGCCAUGGUAUUAAAAUCUGACAUUAUUAAUUUAAUUUCUAAAAGUUUACGUUUCUCAUCAAGAAUAAAAUAAUGUUAUGUACAAGUAAGGGUUCCAUUGGUUUUUAGUUACUUUAGUUUAUAUAAAUAGUUAAAAAUAUUCGUCACGAUAUGCACGUGGUAAUUGAAUCUCAAAGGCUUUGAGAAGUUUUGUUCCGGUGUAUUACCUCCUUAGAAUGUGUGACAAAGGUAGUUAAGCCCAGAGGCAGUUUGGAUCUCACAGGAUGUACUCCCUUAGUAUGUUCAAGUACGCAAUUUAUUUUUUAUCCGUCGUCGUUUCUUGGGAUCUGUGGAGAAUAUAUGCAGCAGAACAGAACGAACCCCAAAACCAAUCCGUACUUGAUCAGAUUGCUGUUAACCAACAAAGCUGGUUCACAUACGACUUGCAAAGUCGAAAUAAAACUCAGGAAAAAAUUGUAUUGUUGGGGAGACGCAUAGAAACCCGAUUGCUGGCGCUACAAAUGGAGAUGGAAGCUCAACUUCGAUCGCUACGUAACAUUGUGG